GCUUCCCCGCUAACCGGCUCGUGCGGCUCCCGAGAGCUCCAGUACGUGGCUGAAAGGGGUCCGCGUUGCUAUUGCGUAGGCUAUCUACCCCGUACAUAAAUAACUAUUAUUUACUGUAUAGCUCACUGUCGCCAUGGUUUAAUGACUUCUGGUCUUGUCGACAAUACGAUACCCUAUCCCAGAGCAGUCACACACUACGCGGGGAUAGAGUCAUUCUAAGCUUCCCCUCGUUCCAUGUCGGACUCCGCAGAUGGCGCUCAGUCGCCUGGUGCGCCCUCUCAACAUGGCGGUGAUAUUGCACCUCCAAGUGCCCGUCCCCUGUUUGGUGGAGAUGGGGGAGUGACGGAUACGGCGGGUGUCUCAGAAGAGACAGCAGCGCGUCUGCAGAAAGUCAUGCAUUCUGAGAUUGGUGCCACAACUCUCCUGACGAGACUGAAGCAAAGCAUUGCUUCUGCAAGGGACUUCGCGACAUUCUUGAAGAAACGAGCUGCGUUGGAAGAAGAGCAUGCUCAAGGUCUUCGAAAGCUGGCUCGAGCCGGCCUGGACUCCGCGCACAAACCUGAACACCGACAGGGAAGCUACAGUCGCAGUUACGAGGAAGUCAACAGAAUCCAUGAACGCAUGGCGGAUCACGGCCAACAAUUUGCUGUUUCCUUACAGCAGAUGUCGGAGGACUUGCAAGAGCUGGCAACGAACAUCGAAAAGGGCCGCAAGCAUUGGAAGCAGACAGCGCUGAGCGCGGAAAAGAAGGUCCAGGAAGCCGAGAAUGCGGCAGAGAAGGCCAAGGCCAAGUACGACACGCUCGCAGAGCAGUACGAUCGCGUGAGAACGGGCGAUAAACAGUCUGGGAAAUUUGGAUUGAAAGGCCAUAAGUCUGCGGCCCAGCAUGAGGAAGAACUUCUUCGCAAGGUGCAGAAUGCAGACAAUGACUAUUCUUCCAAAGUCAGUGCUGCCCAGGCGGCCAGGCAGGAAUUGGUAUCGACUUUGCGACCUCAGGCGGUGCAGAAUAUCCGUCAAUUGACUACCGAAUGCGACUCUGGUCUUACAUUACAGUUGCAGAAAUUUGCUUCAUUCAACGAGAAACUGCUUCUUGGUACUGGUCUCUGUGUGAGUCCGCUGAAGGAUGCAGCAGCCGGACCCAAGAGUCUACGCGAAGUUAUUCAUCAAAUCGACAACCAGAAAGAUUUUAACGACUAUGUCUUGAGUCAUUCCGGAAAUCCUGGCGCGGUGACUGCGCCAGAAGUCAAAUAUGAGCCUCACCCGACUCUAGCUCCGAAUCCACCUCCAGCCGCUCCUCCAGCCUCGCAGCAGAGUCCUCUGAGCAAAAGACAGUCAACGCUGAUGCUCUCUUCUCCCACUACCUCGCAACCGCCUGCGAGCUCUCCUAAGCCUGGACCACAGCCCUCGCAAAAUCUCAGCCCAAUACCUCCGCUAGCAUUUCAGCAACAGCCCGACUCCCUUCCGUCACCGCAGCAGUACAGUCAACGCUAUCUUCCGCCAGGGCCGUCUCAACCGCCGUAUCCAGUCUCUCAGCCCUUAUCUCCGCAGGAUCGACUACCCGCGCAGCAUGGCAAUGGAUAUCAGCCGCCCAGCCUGCCACCCGUGAAGCCUGUGUUCGGCGUUUCGCUCGAGGACCUCUACCGGAGGGACGGAACCGCAGUACCUAUGAUCGUGUAUCAGUGCUUCCAGGCUGUAGAACUAUUUGGGCUUGAUGUGGAAGGGAUCUAUCGUCUUUCAGGAAGUGCCAACCACAUAAAUCACAUGAAAGCACUCUUUGACAAUGAUUCGACUCAAGUGGACUUUACAAACCCUGAUAGCUUCCAUCACGACGUGAACAGCGUUGCUGGACUGUUGAAGCAAUUCCUCCGGGAGCUCCCAGAGCCCCUUUUCACCACUGCAUAUUAUUCUGAUUUUAUCAAUGCGGCUCGGAUCGACGAUGACAUACAGCGACGCGACUCGUUGCACGCUAUCAUCAACAAUUUGCCCGACCCUCACUAUGCUACGUUGAGAGCCUUGAUCUUGGUACGUAUUUGGAGAAAUCAAGCCAGCAGGUUGUCUGGUCGGAUGAGACUUACUAAAGACUUACUAACGAGGGUUAUGCAGCAUCUUAAUAAGGUCCAGGAACACUAUGCGACGAACAGGAUGAAUGCUGGUAACCUUGCCAUCUGUUUUGGUCCUACUCUUUUGGGUGCUAAUUCAGGCGGCAAUAUUGCGGACGCGGGCUGGCAAGCCCGAGUCAUCGAAACAAUCCUCUUGAACACCUUCCAGAUCUUCGAUGACGAUUAGCUAAGUCUUUGGCUUCGACAUAGCAUUUACGUCGAGCAAGCGUGAUUUAACUUUGUAAUUCUAUUUCGCGUAUCUCUUGCAAUACCUUGGAAUAUCGCUUUGAUGCUUCUUCAUCUUUACCUGUUUAAUACCUUAGUUCUCACAAGUACCUUGCUCUUCC